GUUUACCUAGAAUCAAAUUACCUGAACCAAACAUUAUUUGAAAGUAUCUACCAUGCCUUCCGCCUUAGUUAAGCCUGUUGGCCCGUCCAAGCCCUCCUCCAAGGACUUGUCGCAGCUUCCACCGAUCAUCUUCGGCGGGGCCAUCUUCAACACCCAGUACAACGACGACCCGGACGCCAUGCCCUGCGCCGAGAUGGUAAGACUUACGUUCCGCAAGGGCUGCUACGCGAUCGACACGUCUCCAUAUUACGGUAACUCUGAAAGUAUCCUCGGAAAUGCGUUGGUGGAGGUUGCGGACGAAUUCCCAAGAGACCUGUACUUCAUCUGCACCAAGGCUGGGAGAAUCAGAUUGGAUGAGUUUGAUUACUCGCCUAGCGCCAUCCGCGCUUCUGUCUUGCGUUCAUGUGAAAGAUUGCACACCUCCUACUUGGACCAGGUCUACUGCCACGAUAUCGAAUUUGUGCCUGUAGCAGAGGUCUUGGAGGCCUUGAAGGAGUUGAAAAGGUUAAAGCAGGAAGGGGUCAUUCGUAACUUCGGCUUCAGCGGCUAUCCCCUCGAUCACUUGAUCAGGGUGGCCGAAAUUUGUGCCAAGGACAAGGACAUUGGGCCAGUUGACGCCAUUUUGUCCUACUGCAACGGGUGCAUCCAAAACACCUCCUUCUUCGACUACGGGCUUGCCCAAUUAAAGGCUCUGGGCACCAUGAACAUCUGCAAUGGCUCCAUUUUGUCCAUGUCCCUUUUGCGCUCCCAGGAUACCAAGUCUUUUCACCCAGGUGACAAGCAGUUGAAGGCCAAGGCCAAGGAAAUCGGAGCAUGGUUGUUGAAGGACUACAACGUGGAGUUGGCCGAGUUAGCCACCCGAUACGCCAUCAGAUCCAUCUUAGGCAAGGGUUUCACCGUCAUUGGCGUUUCAAACAUUGCUGAGUUAGAGGCUGCCAUUGCCAGUUACCACAUUGUCAACGAUCCGGCUAACGAGAUUAACAUGCAAGACGCGGUGUUGGUCGCCAAGGUGCAGGCAGCCUUCGGCAGUCACAUGAAUGAGACUUGGGCCAGUGGCUUGGAAUCUUUCGACUACAAUGUAUAGUUAUUGAUGUGAUGCUGUGAGUUGUGUGGUCACUUGUUUUUAGAGACAUCUCUGUUUGCUGUAGAGUAGCCAAGCGUUAUCUGAGUGUCCCACUCUCCAAUGGAUUUAAUGUCUCCUCAGGUAAAAACCUUAGCCUUUGAGGUAAUGUGUCUGCGCAGGGGGUAACCUCUAAUCUUGGGUCGAGAAGGGAGGCUGCGCCUUAAUCUCUCAUGCCUACGGUUCCCCGCUUUUAGGUCAUGCAAUGCCGACUUGGUUGAGAGACCAUCUAUCCAAUAUAAUGGGCUAUGGCC